UUGGCUCCCUCCUUCCUCGUGAGUCUCAGGAGAAGCUGCAGCGCGAGGCGCUGCUGCCGCCGCCCAGGGCCCGCCCGCCUUGUGCCAUGGACUGGCAGCCGGACGAGCAGGGCCUGCAGCAGGUCCUGCAGCUGCUCAAAGACUCGCAGUCACCCAACACAGCCACACAGCGCAUUGUCCAGGACAAACUGAAACAACUGAACCAGUUUCCUGACUUCAAUAACUACCUGAUCUUCGUCCUGACCAGACUCAAGUCGGAAGAUGAGCCGACUCGCUCUCUCAGUGGCCUCAUCCUUAAGAACAAUGUGAAGGCGCAUUAUCAGAGCUUCCCACCACCUGUGGCCGACUUCAUCAAACAGGAGUGUCUCAAUAACAUUGGCGAUGCCUCCUCGCUCAUCCGAGCCACCAUCGGCAUUCUCAUCACCACCAUCGCUUCCAAGGGUGAGCUGCAGAUGUGGCCCGAGCUGCUGCCCCAGCUGUGCAACCUGCUCAACUCAGAGGAUUACAACACUUGUGAGGGAGCCUUUGGAGCCCUGCAGAAGAUCUGCGAAGACUCUUCUGAGCUUCUGGACAGCGAUGCCCUCAACAGGCCCCUCAACAUCAUGAUCCCCAAGUUCCUGCAGUUCUUCAAGCACUGCAGCCCCAAGAUCCGGUCCCAUGCCAUUGCCUGUGUGAACCAGUUCAUCAUGGACCGAGCCCAAGCUCUGAUGGACAACAUUGACACCUUCAUCGAGCACCUGUUUGCCCUGGCCGUGGAUGACGACCCUGAGGUGCGGAAGAACGUGUGCCGCGCUCUGGUGAUGCUGUUGGAAGUGCGGAUCGACAGGCUUAUCCCUCACAUGCACAGCAUUAUCCAGUACAUGCUGCAGAGGACCCAGGACCACGAUGAGAACGUGGCCCUCGAGGCCUGCGAGUUCUGGCUGACGCUGGCCGAGCAGCCCAUCUGCAAGGAAGUCCUGGCCUCUCAUCUGGUCCAGUUGAUUCCCAUCCUUGUAAAUGGGAUGAAGUACUCAGAAAUAGACAUCAUCCUGCUCAAGGGGGAUGUGGAGGAGGAUGAGGCAGUUCCUGACAGCGAGCAGGACAUCAAGCCGCGCUUCCACAAGUCACGCACAGUGACGCUGCCCCAUGAGGCUGAGCGACCAGAUGGAUCCGAGGAUGCGGAGGAUGAUGAUGAUGAUGAUGCUUUGUCUGACUGGAAUCUGAGGAAGUGCUCAGCAGCUGCACUGGACGUCCUCGCCAAUGUUUUCCGGGAGGAACUGCUGCCCCACCUACUUCCCCUGCUCAAGGGCCUCCUCUUCCAUCCUGAGUGGGUAGUCAAGGAGUCGGGCAUCCUGGUGCUGGGCGCCAUCGCUGAGGGUUGCAUGCAGGGCAUGGUGCCCUACUUGCCUGAGCUGAUCCCACACCUGAUCCAGUGCCUGUCAGACAAGAAGGCCUUGGUCCGCUCCAUCGCCUGUUGGACGCUGAGCCGCUAUGCCCACUGGGUGGUCAGCCAGCCGCCUGACAUGCAUCUCAAGCCCUUGAUGACCGAGCUGCUCAAACGCAUCUUGGAUGGCAACAAGAGGGUACAAGAGGCAGCCUGCAGUGCCUUUGCCACCCUGGAGGAAGAGGCCUGCACGGAGCUGGUGCCCUACCUCAGCUACAUCCUGGACACCCUCGUCUUUGCCUUCGGCAAGUACCAGCACAAGAACCUGCUCAUCCUCUAUGAUGCCAUCGGCACCCUGGCUGACUCUGUGGGCCACCACCUCAACCAGCCGGAAUACAUCCAGAAGCUGAUGCCCCCACUGAUCCAGAAGUGGAACGAGCUCAAGGAUGAAGACAAGGACCUCUUCCCACUGCUGGAGUGCCUGUCGUCUGUGGCCACUGCCCUCCAGAGUGGCUUCCUGCCCUACUGUGAGCCUGUCUACCAGCGCUGUGUCACCCUGGUGCAGAAGACGCUGGCCCAGGCCAUGAUGUACAACCAGCACCCUGAGCAGUACGAGGCCCCUGAUAAGGACUUCAUGAUCGUGGCACUGGAUCUGCUCAGCGGCCUGGCCGAAGGCCUGGGUGGCCACGUGGAGCAGCUGGUGGCCCGCAGCAACAUCAUGACACUGCUCUUCCAGUGCAUGCAGGACUCCAUGCCCGAGGUCCGGCAGAGCUCUUUUGCCCUCCUGGGCGACCUUACCAAAGCCUGCUUCAUCCACGUCAAGCCCUGCAUCGCUGAGUUCAUGCCCAUCCUGGGCACCAACCUGAACCCUGAGUUCAUCUCAGUCUGCAACAAUGCCACCUGGGCUAUUGGCGAGAUCUGCAUGCAGAUGGGGGCAGAGAUGCAGCCCUAUGUGCAGAUGGUCCUCAACAACCUGGUGGAGAUCAUUAACCGGCCCAACACACCUAAGACGCUGCUGGAAAAUACAGGUCGCCUGACGAGUCCCUCUGCCAUUCCAGCCAUCACCAUCGGCCGCCUGGGCUACGUGUGCCCCCAGGAGGUGGCACCCAUGUUGCAGCAAUUCAUCCGGCCUUGGUGCACAUCCCUCAGGAACAUCAGGGACAACGAGGAGAAGGAUUCUGCCUUCCGAGGCAUCUGCAUGAUGAUAGGCGUCAACCCCGGGGGCGUCGUGCAGGACUUUAUUUUCUUCUGUGAUGCCGUAGCCUCCUGGGUGAGCCCGAAGGAUGACCUUCGGGACAUGUUUUAUAAGAUUCUCCACGGCUUCAAAGACCAAGUCGGGGAGGAGAACUGGCAGCAGUUCUCAGAGCAGUUCCCACCACUGCUCAAGGAGCGGCUGGCUGCCUUCUACGGGGUCUAGACAGGCAUCGGGACUGCCAGGUUUCUGUCUCCGUCGUCAUCAGAGGGAUUGCCGGGAGCGCGCUGCAUCCAGAAGUCACCGUGCCCUGGUCGAGGGGGGUUAGGGAGGAGGAAGUGGGACUCAAAUCCAGACGCCUACCCCGUCCGUCCACCUGCCGUGCCGGGCCUGUCUGGCCGGGGGGCGGGCAGGUGGGUGGGGCCUCCACACUCAUCCUACAAACGGGGAGGGGGGUGGGAGUUCUUGGUGGGCAAGGGCCCCUUCACUCUAAUUGUCUCAGGCGGCCCUCUUGGGCCAGCCACGUGGGAGGGAAGACUCAACACAACCGACCUUAAUCCGGUUUAGGAUGAGGAAAAGGGAAAGCAGGCGUAGAGAGGGGUCCUUGUAGAGACACGUACAGUCACACGUACAUAUGUGGCCACACACGUGUGGGCACUGCAGCCAGCAAGGCUCAGCCGGCCACCCCACCAUUACCCCGACUGCAUGGAGAUAGUAGAAUUAGUGAACCCCUGAGUUAACCCGUAAGGCCUUCCGUGUAACCUUCAUCUAGAGUUUAAGAAGCUUCUGCCGUUUUGCCAGAAUUGGCGGUGAUUGGGGAGGGCUGGGUGGGUUGUGGGGCCUCAGCUGGGACCCCAGGGCGGGGGGAGGAGGACAGACAUCUUGGGGCCACCUAGUCAGCACGCACACGCUUGGGACCUGUUCAGCAAACUUUCUGCCAGCUUCUGGCAGCCUCAGCCAGUAUCUCUGUCCUUGUGCUGUCCCAGCCAGCAGGGUGGGGGUGGCCGGAAGGGCUGGCCAGAGGUGGCCUUGUCUCCCUCCCCUGUGCUCCAGCAGCCUCUGAAGACACUGGGCUGGGACCUUUUCCCAAAGAGAGCAAGCUGGGUGCAGCCGGAUCUCCUGGCCCCCCUGCAUCUCUCUCCGUAAGCAGCUUCAAAGGCAGUUUCUCUGUGCUGACAGCCCACUGCUCAAGCUCAGGCCUGAGUUUUAACACAAGGGCCAGAGCAGGGGCAUUCAGUUGACGAUCAUAGAGGACGAAAACUUCGGCUUUGUCAGCAAGAAGGAAACUGAGGGCUUGGAGGAGGGAAAGAGUGGUGCACCCCUUGUCCUCCACUCUGUCCCCCUGGAACUUCCUGUUCAUCACAGCCACCCUGCUUCUCCCAGUGGGCCCAGAGACUCCAUUAGUUUGGGGUCAGUCGUUCUAGGGACCUGGGGAUUUGUUGGGUCAGGGUGGGAGGGGAUAUAUUAGGCAGGGAGUAUGGUUCCUUCCAGGCUUGACUUGGCUGGGAAACCGGGCCAGCAACCCCUUAACUUUGUUUCUUUUUUCUCAUCUCCUGCUUUCCACUCCUUUGGGGGCCGCUUGUGGUUUGGGGUUUGACUGGAUUCCUCUACCCUGGAGCCUGCUCCAUCCAUUUGUCUGACACCGUGCACCCAUCCCCAUCCUAGCUGUGGGUUUUCUAAGACAGGGUUAGGCCUUGCCUCUAUUCCAGGGUCCACUAAGUGCACAUUCCAUCAACUCAGCUUUCUGGUUUGUUUUUUCUCUGUAAAACUCGAGCAGGUCUCUGGAAGCUGUUUGUAAAGAAAAAAAUGUUUUGAUACCAUUUAAUUUUCUGGUAAUUCUAGUUCUGUGGAGCGUCCUCCACCGGGUCUUGGAGUGUGCAGACAGAUUGGCUGUCAAAUGGGGUUGAUAACCCCCUCUCCACCCAGGAUGGGGGCGUCCAGCCAUCUUUGGGGAAGGGGGGCCUGGUUCUAGUUUUCCUUUUAAGAAAACUAUUUAAUUUUAAAGUUUAUUUUUGGUUGGUUUUUGCACAACGAAGUUUCAGCUUCUUAACCUUCUCCCCUGCUCAGGGCUGCGGACCCAGACUCGCUUUGAUCCGCAGUUCCUCUCGCCACAUUUCUUGCAUCCCUCUCUCUCAUCCCCUCCCGCUGCGGGCUGCCAAGUCUGUCCAUUACCGUGCUGUGCUGGGGAUUGGCGCCCAAGGUGGCGUGAGAUUCCACUUGUGUAGAACUUUGUUGAGUAAAGAUCAGUUCCUUGUGAAACCUUUAAUCUCCAUCUGGCCUCCUGUGUCCUUGACUUUAGUAGUGGGGAAGAGAGCUGUGGAGGGGGAUCUGGGAAGCUUUAGAAAUGGAGAUGCAUAGAACUCAGAGAAGUAGCUGGAGAGUGGGGAAGUAAGCAGACGUUAACCAGGCACGUUGCUUGGAACCACAAGCCUCUCAGUUUUCUUCCCUGUAAAAUGAGAAGGCAAAUGAGAUAGUUGGAAGAUUAAGUGUCAUAACAUACUUGAAAUGAAAAGGGCAAGGCUUUGCACUAUUGUCUUCAGCUGGGUGCACAACUGAUCCACUAGCCAAGUUAGAAAUAUUUGUAUAAGGCUCAGCUUAGCACCAGGCCUGUGGGAAACAUGUCAUUGUGACAGCUACUGAGACAAAUGGAAAUACCUCCAGCUCUGGACACAUUUCAAGAUCUAACCUGAAGUACAAUGCUGUCAGUGACAGAAUAAUAUCCAUAAGCCUACAAGGAAGACCAAUUAAUAACUGUUAUUCAAAUUUAUGCACCAACC